AUGAAGAAGGUUGGAUUAAGAGACGCAUUGUCUAAACGAACCAAACGAGAACAACGAGACUCUCUUGAAUUUGCUACUGCUAUGUAUACAUACAAUAGAGGUGUUUUUGAUACUCAACUAAUCCAAAUGCUAAAUGGAUGUAAUGCAGAUAUGGAUCCAUGCACGGAUUGUAAAUUAGAUGGAUAUGGAGGACAUACCACUGACAUUAGAAUUGUUUGUAAAGCUGUUGAUUCAGUUCCAAAUAAAGAGGUGUAUGAUUAUAAUUUGAGUAAAGAAGAUGUUGAAUAUUUCAUUAGUACAAUUCAAUCAACAUAUCCAUUUAAUAACGUAGAUUGGAAAACACUUAGAAGUGAUGUUGACACUGCCUAUGAUUAUCUAAAAUCCCAAAGAAAUAGUAAUGCAAUUUCUUUCAGAUAUGAUUGGAGAACAUUACUUGCCGUAAUAAGAAUGCAUCUUCCACCUAUUGAAUAUUUUGUUGGUGACCAAGUCAAAACAUUCCAAGAUUAUUGGGGAGGUGUAUUGAAUGAUGACCUAGGUCCAUACCAAUCAGUUUCUAAUUUCCCAUUUAAAUUCUGUUCUACUUCUGGAGGAAGAUCUAAUUUAUGUUCUUCUAAGUCACACAAACAAGUUCAUUAUUCAAAAUAA